CAGCUGGUUACUUCUGUUAUCUUCUGUCAAUUUCUGUUAUUGUUUUGGUUUGGUAACAGUUACUUUGCCAAAUUUUGUCUCAUCAUUAAAUAUUAAUUAAUUAUUCAUCACUUUUCAAUCGAAUACAUUUUGAUUAAAUCUAUUUUCUUCAUUGGUUCAUUCAGCAUUGUUUAUGAGAAACGAUGAGUAAUCCUACUUCAACUCCACCAAAAAGUUUGGAAACUUGUCUUCAAGGAUGGAGAUGCAUUCUUGUUCAGGCUUAUCCUGUCUUCACUUGGGAUAAACCAUAUUACCCUUAUAUUCUGAGCGCGAUUGUUGCCAUAGUUUUUCUCAUAAUAUGGCUAUCCAAUGCAACAAUUCUGACUACAUUCUCAAUAAUUGGACUAAUAAUUACCGUCGCAGACUAUGUGAUCCCUAUGAUCUCUACACAUUAUUUGGAACCUCGCUUUUGGAAAGAUUCAGAUGAAGAGCAAUACAAGAAGAUCGUAUCUCAAAUCUCGCAAGGAAGUCAAACAAUCUCAAGUUUCUUCAACUACCUAAAAGAUCUCAAAAGUUCAAAUUCAAAAAUAUUUUUCCCCAUACUCUUCGUUUCUCUAAGUUUAUCUGCUUGGAUUGGCAAUCUAGUCAACAACCUAUUUCUCACUUUUUUGAUGAUUAACUCAAUUGUCCUUUUACCUGGUCUUCGACAUCAUGGUUAUAUUGAAAAGGCUCACGAGCAAACAAGAGGAGUCUUAUCAAAAGUGUUUGGCCAAAAGAAAAAAGACGUGAAUUCAUCUUUUACGCCCAAAAGAAUGAGUGACACAGAAUUGGCUCAACCAGAAAGCUUGGAAACUUGUCUAUCCAACUGGAGAUGUGUCCUAGUUCAAGCUUAUCCCGUUAUAACAUGGGAUAAACCUUUUUACCCUUACAUUCUUAGUGCCUUAGUUGCAUUAAUUUUUCUAGUCAUCUGGCUGUCCAAUGCAACCAUAAUGACAACAUUCUCAAUCAUUGGACUAAUUUUAACAAUUGCAGAUUAUGUGGUCCCCAUUAUCUCAACCCACUACUUGGAACCUCGUUUUUGGCAAGAUUCAGAUGAAGAGAAAUACAAGAAGAUCGUAUCUCAAAUCUCACAAGGAAGUCAAACAAUCUCAAGUUUCUUCACCUACCUAAAAGAUCUCAAAAGUUCAAAUUCAAAAAUAUUUUUCCCCAUACUCUUCGUCUCUCUAUGUUUAUCUGCAUGGAUUGGAAAUCUAGUCAACAAUCUCUUUCUUACCUUUUUGAUGGUUAAUUUUAUUGUACUUUUGCCUGGCCUCCGACUUCAUGGUUAUAUUGACAGAGCACAUGAGCAAAUUCAAGGAAUCUUUGCCAAAAUUUUCGGACAAAAGAAGAAAGACUAGAAUUGAAACGA